AUGGAUGUUGCUUGUAAAUCAAUAUCUAUGAAUAACAUUCAAAAGCAUCUUGCUAUUCUAGAAAAAUUGAAUAUAUGUCCAUAUAUUAUUCAAUUUUAUGGUUUAUCAGAAAUAUGUGAGAAAAAUGUGAUGGUUUUUGAAUGGGCGGAACAUGGAAAUUUAAGAGAAUUAUAUUUAAAUAAUAAUAUUAGGUGGGAUGCAAAAAUUUCAAUUGCAAGAGAUAUUUGUCGUGGCUUGGCUUUCUUACAUAGUGUAAAUAUUCUCCAUCAUGAUUUAAAAUGCGAAAAUAUUUUAAUCACAGAAAAAAUGCAGCCUAAAAUUUCAAAUUUUAGCCUUGCUCGUGAAUUUAAUGCUGUUACCCUCCCUAUUGAUAAUUUUAAUGAUAUAAUGCAUUGGUUGGCUCCUGAGAAAUUGGAAUGCAUUAAGGAUUCCAAAAAACGUGAAAAUAUUAACAGAUAUACUAUUCAAUGUGAAAUUUUCAGUUUUGGAAUGUUACUCUGGGAACUUGGUUUUCAAAGAAAACCAUAUGAAAAUAUGACUUUUAUGGGAAUACUAGAUCAUGUUUUAAACGGUGGUAGAGAAUCAUUUGAUAUUAAAUCAGGUUCUAAUUCAAUUCAAGAAGAGUAUUUUGCCAUUAUAAAACUUGCUUGGGUACAGGAGCCAUCAUUACGACCAGGUAUUCAACAGUUAUUUAAUUUGUUACAAGAAUUAUAUGAAAAUCAUAAUAUAUUUCCAUUAUUACAUCCAAUACCGAGUCAUGUUGUUGAAAGAUCACAAAAUAAUGUACAAAAUACCAUACCAUCAAUGGUCAUUAUCCAGAUAUUUAUAAUAAUUCUUUUUAUUCCUUUUUAUUUUAUUUUUUUCUUUUUCGUCUUUAAAUUGUUCGUACUUGGUCAUUCAUAUUUGUAA